AUGUCAUCACCAGCACUUAACCCUCCUGAGAAGGAAGAGAGUCCCAUGCGUGUGGGUGUUCGAUUUCGACCAUUCCUCAAGUCAGAAGUAGAGAGCUGUGGGAGUGACAAACCAAAGUGUUGUGCAGCUUUUCACAAAAACGGAAAAAACGUUUUGAUCAAACACGGCAUUUCAAAUAGUGUCGAAUUUACAUUUGAAAGAAUUUUAAAAACAACAAACAAUCAGGAAGAUGUAUUUGCAACGUGUGGAAAUGAAAUGAUGCAGCGAGUGUUGAAGGGUCAAAAUUGUACCUUGUUUUCUUUUGGCGCUUAUCAAUCGGGUAAAACGUUCACACUUUUCGGAAACACAACCAAAGCUUCAAGUUGGGCUUCGGAAAGUGAACCUCAAAGGUUUGACGGAAUUGUUCCUCGAUUUAUUCGAUUGAUUUUUAAUUAUAUUAUGAAUGAGUCGCCUGAGAGUAUCGAGUUUUCUGUUUCGUUGAAUGCUUUUGAAAUUUGUGGAUUGGAAAAUGGAGUUGAUGCAUUGAUGAAUGAUUUAUUGAAAAAUUCUUCCGCUGAAAGCAAGCUGGACGUGUUAGUCGAAGAAGACACAAACGUUGUUGAGAUUAUUGGACUAACCGAAGUCUUUGUGACAAGUGACGUUGAAUUGUUUGAAUCUGUAGCUUCUGCAUUGGCGAAACGAUCAAAGAAACACAGUUCGGCCUUCUUUGAAAUCAAAUUUGUACAACACGACACUCAAACGAAUUUAACCAAAGAAAGUCGUUUUACUGUCAUUGAUUUGGAUGCAGAAAGACCCUCCGAUCCUCAUCGAAAUGUUCGCCAAGAUGGAUGUAAAGUAUUCAAAGAUGUUGCUGAAGCACUGUAUUCCGAAUCUGAUGAUUACGAUUAUUUCUCAACCACGCUCAAGUGUUUACUCUUUUCGAGAGUUUUUGUGAACACAUCAAGUUUUGCAUUUGUCACCUUGUCACCCUUGACCAAUGUCGUGGAAGACCAAACCAUUCCAUUCUUGCAAUUGGCAUCCAAGAUUAAUGAGUUGUCGAGCGAUGUCAUGGUGAAUUAUAUUCAAGAACACGAUGCAUUGACAGAAGAAACUCAAAAACCAGCACAACAACAAGAAUCUCCAACGCCUCAGACAACAAUGCAAGAAAAACAACCAGAAACUCUUCUUCAAGAAAAACCUCAAAAACAAAUGGUACUCGAAGAAAAAUUAAUUCCUGCCGCACAGGAAACUCAAAAAUCAUCUCCUCAACCACCUAAACAAUGGACUCCACAAGAGGAGGAGACACCUAGAGAAUUGAACAAACAAGUUUCAAAGAAUGCAGACAAUUCUCCUCCUCAACAACAAUCAAAUCUCUCCGGGGAGGUUAAGGAAUCUUUGCCAACAGUGGUGAUUACGACUCCUGUAUCUUCAACUGCAUUGGAUGUGAAAAAGUCUGAGGAAUAUCAAAAAUUAUUGAAUGAGAAAUUGCUUUUAGAAGAAGAGGUUCCUUCAUUGAAGGCCCAAAUUUCAUCUUUGAAAGAGCAGUUAGAACAUGAAGAAGAGAAAACUUCACAACUUGAAAGAAUGAUCCUUCAACACGAGUCACAAUCUAAGGAAACUAAAAAGCAGUUGAAGGAAAGCCAAUCAUUGCUGGAACAAAUUCAAAAAGAAAAAGCUCGAUUCGAGAAACAAGUCAAAGAAUCACAAGAAGAGUUGCAACACUUGAAGGAGAAAUUAAUCAAUGAAGAAUCUAAUAGAGAUGAACUGGCUGAAAAAGUAGCCGAACUUGAAAAGAGCACUCAACUAGGAAAAAACAUUGAAGAAGAUUACAAGUCACAAAUCCACAAACUUCAAAAGGAAAAUCAAGAGUUGAAAGAAAAAUCUAAAAAACAAGUCAAAUCAUCUGGAUCAACUCCUCUUGACAAAAAAUCAGAAGAAGUCGAACAGGAAACCAUUUCACACUUGAAGGCACAAUUAGAAGAGUUAAAAUCCAUCAACACAGAACUCUCUUCCAAAUUAGAUCAUGUUGAAAAGAAGAAUAUUGAGCUUGAAGAAGAAUUAGUCGAAGCAGAAAAGAAAGCACUCGAAUCUGACGAUCCUUCUCAUCAACUUAUUGAAAAGUUGAAAUCCAAAAACAAACUCUUAUUGGAACAACUGAAUGCUGCCAAGAGAGAAAAUUUGAAAGCACGUGAGAAGGUGUCUGAAACUUCCAUGAAAACACUCGAAAUGAAAAUUUCAGAAUAUCAACAAUUGGUUUCACAAUUCAGUGGACAAUCUAUUAAUGCUUCAGCCUCUGUUGAGACAGUCAAAUCAUCUGCUAUUGAUUCACAACAAGCUUCUUGCAAUACAGACGAAGACGAUCUUUCUCUAAAUCCACAAGAAAAGUUGAAUAUGCAAAAAUUGAAAGAAAAGGUGACAGACCUCACCAACAAACUCAAUGCAGCUCGUAAGAAAGCAACAGAAAUGGAAAUUGCAAGAAUGAAAUGGCAAGAGGGUGAAAAGGCUUCCAAACAAAAGAUUACUCAUCUCGAAAAUGAAAUUGAAGAAUUACGUCAAAAAUUUGGAACCAAAGAAAAUUCACUCAAAGAAGAAAUUGAUCAACUUCAAAAGGAAAUUAACACACUCAAAGAAAGUGAUCAAAAGCUUCGAAAUGAAUUAAGAAAGCUCGAAAAGGAAAAGAAAGACCUCGAACAAACCAUCAAAACAGAAAAUGCCAAUCGCAAAAAGAGUGUCAUGGUGUUACAACAAGUUCAUGAAAACAAUAAUGGAAUUUUGAGGAAUGAGCUCGUUCAAGCGAAAGAGAGAAUUGAAAUAUUGGAACGUGAAUUGAAAAAACAAGGAAUUUUGAACAAUACGAGUUCGGCCUUGAUGAGAUCACAAUCCAUUUCUCCAACCAAGUCAUCGCCACAACAACAAGUGACGAAUAUGCCCAAUGACUCCACAACAACAACAACUGUCAACAACAAUGAAACUGAAGUGAUACCUAAAAAACUCAAUGAUGAUUCAGAAAAGCAGCAAAAAGAGAGAAUGCAACGACAACAAAAAGAAAUGAAUUCAAAAAGAAUCUCUGUAAGAAUUAACAAGAAUGCCAUGCAACAGAUUCGUUCUGAAUUGGAAGCUCAAUUAUUGAAGAAUCCACCAUCGUCAGCAAAGUCUCCUGCAGUUUCCACUUCUUCAUUGGAUUCUCUAGACGAUGUCAAACAUGUCGAAGAAGAUGACGAAGAAUAUGAUGCUCCCAACAAUGCUGAAUAUGAUCCUCAACUGACCGAAGGUACCAUUUCCGAAAAUGUAAAACCAAAAUUCGACAAAAAUGGAUAUCUCUAUAAGAAGGGACCAAAAAUUAACAUUUUCAAAAAGAGAUUCUUCAAAAUGGAUGGACAUCAUCUUUAUUACUACCAUGACUCCAAAGAUCUCUCAAAACCCUUAGGUGUGAUCGAUUUACGAGUGGCUCUCUCCGAAAUUGCUCCCGAAAAAUCCAGCAACAAGAGAAGGUUUGUGUUCAAAGUGGAAAUUCCUGGAAAGAUUUAUUACAUGUCUGCUUCAUCUAAGGAAGAUCGUGACGAAUGGGUCGUUUCCUUAAAACAAUUGAUUCAAAAACUCACCACUGAAAAUUCCUUUCACCAUUAA